GAGCUUCUUGAAACGCAUAAGUGUACAACAUUAAAGUGGAUUGAUGCGGCAGUAAUUCAGUUAUUUUUCAGUAGUGGAAUUCUUGUAACAAUCUUUUUAUCUGAAAACUGCAAUAUAAAGAGAGUUCAGAUUGAUCGUCAUCUGGUAGGAAAAUUAGUUUCAGACCAUAUUGUAGAAGUCAUCAUUGAAGAUAGCCAUCUCCUGGUUUCUUAUGUUGAGCCCAAAUUGUCAUAUAUUUACUUUGGUAAACAGCAAAGUUCUUCCCCUGCUAGAAAGUAUGAAAAGCUUGCUGCAAUGGAUCCAAAAAUUGUCACGUUUGACCUUAUUGGCCCGACCAAUCGUCACAUUGAGAGGCGGUUGUCAUCAAACUCUUUACAUGAUGCUGUUCUGGUGUGGUGGCAUACAGACACUCAGGAGGCAUGGCCAUGGUCACCUCUUACUUCUGAUCGAGACCGAGCCAAUAUUUUAGUUUAUGCUUUAAAUGGACCAUCUCUUGAGUUGAUGUGCUUUUCUCAUAUUGACAAAAAUCUCUUACAUGCUACUUUCAGACCCAUGUUUCAUCAAAUAUCUGUGACCUCCAUUCCCCUUGAAGAACAUGUGUUAUCGGCUCAGUGGAGUCCUGCAGAAGACAAACUCCUCUUAAGCUGUUCCGAUCGUUCUCUGGUUAUAUAUGAUGCUUAUCGACACUUAACAAGGAUAACAACGUUAAACUUUGCAGUUCAACAAAUAUCUUGGCAUCCAAGUGGAACCUUAGCUCUAGUAGCAAGUGAACUGGGACAACUUCAGUGUUUUGAUGCAGCUCUAUGCUGUAUAAAACUAGAGCUUGUUGGAGAAGAGGCAGAAUCAACUAAAAUCUUAGAAAUGUCAAAUUUCUUCAGGCAGAGGAGUAACUUAACAUUUAUAGCAUGGCAAUCCUGUGGUGGAGUAGAAUUGAGUAAACAAACCAAGUCAGCCAUCAGUACUGUAGUGGCAUUAUUUGAAAGGGGCCCACUAACAAUUAUUAAAUUUCCUUUGGGAGUUUUAAAUGUGGGGAAGUUGACAUCGUUUGAACUAAUUACACAGUAUUUGAAGUGCAAACAAGUGGAUGAGGUAAAGAUUUCCAUGACUAUAUUCAGUAUUUAUAAUAGAUUAUACGUAAUAAGUAAUGAUUAA